ACCGAUAGCAACAACAGCAUAAUAGUUUAUGCGUAAUGAACUUUGAGGCCAUUCAAGAAAACACGCUUAGCACAUAAUAGUAAACAGCGCGCGCGAAAAUUGUUUGGCGAAACACGACGCCUCAACGUCAUCGGCCACGUUUUUGCUUAUCAAUUCAAUCGAACAGUCGAAAACAAGCGGCUACUUAGCGCCCUCCGCGUCCUUCUCUCUCUCUCUCUCUCUCUCUCUGACUCUCUAAUUUACCCGCAACAAUCCCUUCGCGCAGUGCAGAGCAGAGAGAGAGAGAGAGAGAGCGGCUCCUGUCAUCGGCAGCAGCGGCUACCCCCGUAUAAUAGAGAUUUCACGCCGCAGGCGCCCCUUCAGCGCCUAGUUCUCACAGUAGGGGUUCGCUGCCCCCUCGUACAUGUAAGCGCGUGCCUCUAAGUAUCUGUUUAUAGUCCUCGGGGAUCAAUCUGUUUGCCGAAUUAUUUAUUGGACAAAUUUGCUCUGGUCUUCUUUUUCGAGAGAGAGAGAGAGAGAGAGAGAGAGAGAGAGCCUGUUUGUUGUUUCGAGGUUGGGAAAGGCAAAUACCUCUUGCGGCGCUCUUUGAAACGAUGAGCGUAAGUGCGGCGCGGCAAAACACCCAGUGCUUUCGAUACGUGCGCGAAGUGGAUAGGGUGCAGUGCCUGUGUUGGGCUGUUUUUCCGCUUUGCUGGAGGUGGUCAGUGGGCAAUUGGAUAGACCGCGGGGAUUCGGGAAAGAUGAUCCGGGCGACUGCAGUACUCGAUCUGAUUUUCCCGACUGGAAAAUUGCUGCGGUGCACAGCCGUACGCCAGUGCUGUUUGACAUUAUCGACGACUUUUAUCCAAACAAGCAUAACGCGGUUGAAAAUUCAACAAGCAAAAGCAAACAAACCUUCCCAUGCUCCAAAAAUCCCAUAAGCAGCACUCGAGCCGAAUCAUCGUCAUGUAUAAUAAUAAAUCUCGUCAUCCCCUCAGCCCCCCUAAGCGACUACUAGCGUCGUGUGUAUACCUAUACGCUCGUUCGUACAGUCGCACGCGACUACGCGGGAGCAAAUAACAGGCUUGCGAUCUGAAUUACACGGGCAUGUAUAUAGGUACUUGCUUUGCGAGGUGUGCCCGGCAAUAUUGGCCGGAUAUUCAAAUGAGCCGUGUUUGGGACCAGAGAGAGAGAGAGAGAGAGAGAGAGCGCAAUGAACAGUCGUAUUGGCGGAUGAUUAUGACGUGGUGAUGGGGCCGUCGAUGAGCUGUUUUGUAAAACGCGAGGAAGAUAUUUAUAAGAAAAAAAUGCUCGUUGACUAAUUAAAGGUAAAAAAAUGAACGAGUUAAUGAAGGGCAGACAGAAGCGCGUUCACAGUAGAAAUUAUGCAUUCAAAGCAUCCCUUCACACCUCCGUCUCUAAUAAGCCGUCUCCAAGCACAAUACUCCACGCGACCCACAACCAGCUGAAAAGAAUCCAACCGAAUACCUCUCGACAAUAAAAAGUCUCAGCGUGCGAAAGCCUCGGCAUCCUUACAUUGCACAUGCGUGUCCAAAGAGGGGCGGAAUCAUGCGAGCAGCAAAUAUGCCCGGCGCCUGCACCCAGGCAGCCACAGGCUUGUGGUCUCGAGCGCACGCUUAAUUUGCAUAUUUCGAUAUUAUCCGCCGCGCUCGUUUACAUAAGCCGCUCCGGGCGCGUCCUUUUCAAUCGGCCGCGUUACGUUCAGUCAAUUUCCUCGGACUCACGCUUAUUAGCCCUAUGUGUGGCUCCGGAUUGACAUUUCGGCCGUCUCUGCGCGUAUACAGGCCAUUGUCCAAUCGGAGUUCGCACGAUCUCGAGAUGGCUCUUUCAAUAAGAGUCGGGCUUUAAUUGUUUCAUUGUAAUGGCGGUUUUUAUGUCGUUUAAUCGAGCCAUAGAGGGAAAAAAAAAAAUGGUCGGUAACAGUAGCAACUAUUUUUUUGGUUAACCAUUUACCUGCUUUUUUGGUAACAAGGUUGACCAAACAUAUAGUUGGUGCGUAUUUUGCCAAGCGGUUUGUUACUGUAACUAAGCACAUUUUUCCGCGCGCAUAUUAAAUUCACGUAAAACCGAGUCCGCGUCCACCCACUUACCGAAAUUCCCGUCGCUCGGCUAAUAAACCCGGGCGAUAAACCUCGGAAGCGCGCACUUGCUUCCGCACCAAUCCAACCGCGACGAUUAAGCGCGACGUCGACGAUUGGCUCGGCUCUGGAGCCGCCCAUUUGCGGGGGUUGCCGCGCGGCGCGAUCGAUCGGAGCCACCCUCGACUAUUCGGGUGUAUAUAAGAGCGAGCUGUCCCCCGGGACUGACUCGAUUGUCGAACCGGACUCGCGUGAGGUAGCAACUCCUUUUCUCCCAGAGUCAUUCGAAUUUCGCGGGCUUUUCGAGGCCGGAAGAUUUGUCGCUUGCCAUAAGCGAAGGGAAAGUCCGAAAUGGCAUCGCACCCGGUUUUCGACUACGAGGACAGGACGCAGAGGAUGAGGCAUAGGCUCGGUGUCGGCACGGCCAAACCCGCGGACUCGACUGUCGCUUGUUCGAGUUCGCAGUACUACCUGGGUCCGAGCAGCGACAUAAGCGAGGAGGACAUCGCCGACCUGCCCUCGUGCGUCUUCGCGAACAGGCCUUCGCAGCAGCAGCCUCAACACAUCACACAUGCUUCGCAGCAGCAGCAGCAGCACACCCACUCGCCCUUGCACUAUCACGUCCCCGUCACGACACCGGUGUCCGAUCACACCGAGAACGAGAUGAACGGCGUCGAGGAGGGCUACUACCCGAACGGCAGCCCUUACAGAAUCCAGCGACACGCCGCGAACAUACGCGAGCGCAAGCGCAUGCUGAGCAGCAUCAACUCGGCUUUCGACGAGCUCAGGAUACACGUGCCCACGUUCCCCUACGAGAAGCGGCUCUCGAAGAUCGACACCUUGAGGCUGGCCAUAGCUUACAUCUCCUUCCUCAAGGAUAUUCUCCGCUCCAAGCAGGACCCGAUCACCCACGUCACGAGAUGCCUCAGGGGCGAGUUCAACGGGGAAAGGCUCGAGUGGAAUACCAGUGACUUGACGGCGAGACUCUCGUGGAUAAAGUGGGAGAACCUCGGCGUGAACCCGAACCAACGCUCGGUCCUCACCUCCCUCACCCUCACCACCGACAACAUGACCUGAGCCCGAUCACUAUUGCCCUUGUAAAUACCAAACAUUCCUGAUGACCAUCAUUGCUAUGGAAAUUCUGAUUGAAGGAACAAAAGCGACAGCUGCCAUUAGGAUUUCUGUAAAUACUCGCCAUGAUUCGUCGCUAGACUAGUUGCUCUUGCGAAGCGUUUUAUUUGUUUUCUUGUACAUUUCUUUAGAUUUUAUAGUCCUGCGCGUGCAAUACGUCGUUGUAAAUGCCCGUCUAUCUACCUUGACGCGCUACGGGGAAAAUUAAAAGAAGAUGGACCGACGAAAAUCACCAAUCAUCGGCUUUUAAUUUUCCUUGACUUUUUUUGUAAAGAUAUUUAUCCAAGACGACAAAAUAAAUUAUGUACGAGUCGUAUAA